AUGGCAUUGUUCAAUUACUCGUUAUUUUCCUUAGUUUCAGUGUUACUAAUAAUCUUCUGUGCAUUUAGACUCUCCGCCGCAAGUUUCAGGGUAGAGCUGGCGCCGUCCCAGGUCGCGGCGCUGUGUAAGGAAUCCAUCAACCACACUUUCUGUCUCGACUUCCUGAACUCGACCGCCGGCAUACCGGCGGCAGAUCUCCUCGGCGCCGGCAAGAUCACCCUCAAAGUGGGCCGCGACAAGGCCCUAGACGCCCGCAAGUGCGUCAAAGCCCUGCUGGCCCAAACAACUGAUCCAAAGCUGAAGGAGAGCUACAAGACGUGCAUGGAAAACUACGGGGAUGCCACCGAUGCCAUUUCCGCCGCAAAAGCUUCGCUGGUCGCGAAAGACUAUGCUACGGCGAACAUUAAGAUUUCAGCUGCGCAGACGGACGCGGACACUUGUGACGACGAGGUGAAAGGGCUGCCGGCGGCGGCGGAAUUGGGUGAAAGGAACCGGUACUUGUUCAAUCUUCUCAACAUUGGUUUGUUAAUCACCAAUAAGUUGGGGGGUUUUCAUGAAUAA